ACAGCUUUCCUUGUUAUUCUCUUUGUUCUGCCUGACAAUGUCGGAAGAGGUCUGGUAUUCAAUUCCUGAGGAAAGGGAGAAGGGUUCUCUUGUGGGAAAUCUGGCCAAAGAUUUGGGUCUGAGUAAGAGAGACCUGGUGAAGAGGAAGCUCCGUAUUGUUUCUGUAGCUAAUGCUCAGUUCUUUACUGUGAAUGAGGAACAUGGAGACUUCUACGUAAGAGACCAAAUAGAUCGAGAAGCAAUCUGUGGGAAAUCACCCCGUUGUGUCCUUAACUUUGAAACUGUGGUUGAAAACCCUCUCAAUGUUUUUCAUAUAAGCAUCACCAUAGAGGAUAUUAAUGAUAAUGCACCACAAUUUUUAAAAGAUGAUAUCAAGCUAGAAAUAAGUGAAUCUAGCUUGACUGGAGCCAUAUUCCCCCUUGCAAGUGCUGAAGAUCCUGACGUUGGGAUAAAUUCUCUGCAAAAUUACCAGCUGAGCAAUAACCAGUACUUCACCUUGGAAGUUAAAGAAAGUCCAGAUGGAAAUAAAUAUCCUAUUUUAGUGCAAAGCAAACCUCUGGAUCGGGAAAGUGAGCACAGCCUCCACUUGAUCCUUACAGGCCUGGAUGGUGGAGAACCAAGAAAAACUGGAACAGCCCAGAUAUGGAUUAAUGUCACUGAUGCCAAUGACAACCCACCUGUUUUCAAUGAAGAAGUCUAUAAACUCAGCCUAAAAGAGAGUGCGCCAAAAGGAUCGUUAGUGAUCCAGGUGAAAGCCUCUGAUGCAGAUGAAGGUCCAAAUGCACAGAUAAGAUACAGUUUUAGCAAUAUCCCAGCUAAAGCAAGCCAGAAAUUCAGCCUGGAUCCAGAAAGUGGAGCAAUUUUAGUUAGGGAGACUUUAGACUUCGAAGAAUCCAGAAGCUAUAUGAUGUUAGUGGAAGCCAAAGAUGGUGGUGGACUACUGGCACAUUGUAAAGUUGAGAUUGAUGUUCUGGAUGAGAAUGACAAUGCUCCAGAGAUUUUGCUAACAUCUAUGUUUAGUCCAGUUCCCGAAGACUCCCUACCAGGAACUGUGAUAGCUUUGAUCAAUGUGGAUGAUAGAGAUGAAGGAGAAAAUGGGAAGGUUACUUGCCACAUACAAUAUAAUUUGCCUUUUAAAAUUAUUUCUUCAUCUAACAGUUACUACAAGCUACUUACAGACAGUCCCUUGGACAGAGAAAAAGCCUCAGGAUACAACAUCACAAUCACGGCCACCGACAAAGGUAGCCCCCCUCUCUCCUCCAACAAAACCAUCUCCCUGCAGAUUUCAGAUAUCAAUGACAACCCCCCUGCCUUUGAAAAAUCAACCUACAGUGUCUUUGUGCCAGAAAACAAUCCCUCAGGUGCUUCCAUUUUCGCCAUCAAAGCCUUGGACCCGGAUCUGGACCGCAACUCACGUAUCACUUACUCCAUCCUCAACAGCAACAUGGAGGAGCUGCCUCUCUCCUCUUACGUCUCCAUCAACUCUGAGACGGGAACUAUCUAUGCACAGCGCUCCUUUGACUAUGAGCAAUUCCGGGAGUUUCAGAUCCAAGUGAAGGCCCAAGAUGGCGGCUCUCCCUCUCUCAGCAACAACGCCACCGUGUGGGUGUACAUUUUGGAUCAGAACGAUAACAGCCCUCGCGUUCUGUAUCCUUUCCCGGGUGUUGAGGGCUCUGCCUUGUUUGAGAUGGUUCCUCACUCGGCAGAGCCAGGCUACCUAGUGACCAAAGUGGUGGCUGUGGACGCAGACUCUGGGCACAAUGCCUGGCUCUCCUACCAAGUGCUGCAGGCCACGGAGCCGGCCCUCUUCACCAUUGGGACCCACACGGGAGAGAUCAGGACGUCACGAGCCCUUCUGGAGAAAGACGCUGUGAAACAGAAGCUGGUCGUCCUGGUGAAGGACAAUGGGAAGGCUCCGCUCUCAGCUACUGUGGUCCUCAACCUCGUGGUUGCCGAGAACUUCCAAGAGGCACUUCCAGAAAUGAGCAAACCAGCCAUUGACUCUAAGUAUCAGUCUGAUAUGAAUGCCAUUUUAGUUAUAGCCUUGGCUUUGGUCUCAUUCUUAUUCCUUUUUACAGUCUUAACAGUUUUAAUACUUAAAUGUCGGAAACAGAGAAGCCCAACAGUGCUUGGAUCCUACAAUACUGACUUGUACUCUAGCUUGGGACACAAAUUUUCCUGCAAUUACAAUAAUGGGACAUUGACAUUGCCCUAUUCAUAUGAAGUGUGCUUAGCGUCUAAGGCAGACCGGAAUGAGUUUGCCUUUCUGAAACCAAACCCCCACAGGGUGGGGCUUGCAGAACUUUUAGAGGGACCUCCCCGCCGCUCCCGCGAAAAGAAAGAAACUUUGCCAGGCCGGGAGAUGAGAGGCGCCGCGGGAAGGAGCCGGCCGAGAGCGCGAUGGCUGCCCGUCGUGGGCUUCUGGCUAUGGCUGGGCGUCUCGGAGCGGGCGCUCGCCGCCACGCGCUACGCCAUCCCCGAGGAGAUGCCCAGGGGCUCUUCGGUGGGCAACGUGGUGGGCGACCUGGGCCUGGAUCUCGCCCAGCUGCCCGCGAGGAACCUCCGCGUGGUGUCGGGCGGCGGACGAAAGUACUUCGAGGUGGACCUGGGCAGCGGGAAGUUGCUGGUGAGCGAGCGCAUCGACCGCGAGGAACUUUGCGGGGCCCUCUCGCCGUGCGCGCUGAGCCUGGAGGUGGUGGCCGAGAGCCCGCUGGUGCUGUACGGCGUGACGGUGGAGAUCCAGGACGUCAACGACAACGACCCGGCUUUCCAGAGCAAGCAGAUGAAGCUGGAGAUCAGCGAGUCGGUGACCCCCGGAGCGCGUUUCCCCUUGGAGAGCGCGCAGGACCCCGACGUGGGAAGCAACUCUCUGCAGACCUACCAGCUCAGCGCCAACCCGCACUUCGUGCUGGACGUGCAGACGCGAGGCGACGGGACGAAGUAUGCGGAGCUGGUGCUGGAGAAAGAGCUGGACCGGGAGCAGCAGCGGGAAGUGCAGCUGGUUCUCACGGCGAUGGAUGGAGGGACCCCACCCCGAUCGGCCAGCUUGCAGGUGCUGGUUGACGUCCUGGAUGCAAAUGACAACGCCCCUGUCUUCAACCAGUCCAUCUACAGAGCCAGCGUGAAAGAAGACACACCCUUGAACACCCUGGUUGUCCAAACCAGAGCUUUCGACCUGGAUGAAGGCCCCAAUGGGGAGAUUGUGUACUCUUUCAGCAGUCACACCCCUGCCAGAGUCCAACAGCUCUUUGCCCUAGACUCUGCCACUGGAGAACUGAGGCUCAAGGGGUUGCUGGAUUUUGAAGAAGCCAAAUUUUAUGAGAUUUAUAUCCAGGCAAAAGAUAAGGGUUCAAAUCCUGGUGUCGCUCAUUGCAAAGUGCUGGUAGAGAUUGUGGAUGUGAACGACAACACCCCAGAAAUAACAGUGACGUCGGUGUACAGCCCAGUACCAGAAGACGCGGCUCCAGGGACUGUGAUUGCGUUGCUGAGUGUCACGGAUCAGGACUCUGGUGAUAAUGGCCUAGUAAAUUGCUUUAUACCUUCUGGGAUCCCUUUUGCCCUCAGCUCUUCCCUUAAAAACUAUUAUACCUUACAGACCAAAGGACCCUUGGACAGGGAACUUGUCUCUGAGUACAACAUCACCAUCACUGCUCAGGAUGCAGGCACACCCUCACUCAUGGCAGAAAAGCAAAUACUGGUUAAAGUAUCUGAUGUAAAUGACAACCCUCCUAAAUUUCCACAAUCCUCCUAUGAUGUGUACGUGGAGGAAAACAACCUUCCAGGGACCCUGGUCUUUAACAUCAGUGCCUCUGACCCGGAUCUGAACCGGAAUUCUCACCUUUCCUACUCCAUCCUGGAUAGUCCCAUGUCCUCGGGAGACUUGGCGGGCAGGUAUUUUUCUAUUAACCGGGAAAAUGGCAGUAUAUAUGUCCUAGUCCCCUUGGACCAUGAGGGCACCAUGGAGUUCAGGCUAGUGGUGCAGGUUCGUGAUGCCGGCCUCCCGCCCCUUGCCACUAACAUCACUGUCAAUGUUUUUGUCACAGAUCAGAAUGACAAUGCACCCAGGCUCUUAUACCCAAACUCAAACAACAGUUCUUCGCUCUCAGAAGUCAUCUCACCCACAGUCAGCCCUGGUUACAUGGUCACAAAAAUUGUGGCCUGGGAUGCAGAUUCUGGUUACAAUGCCUGGCUCUCGUAUUCCUUCCUUCAGGUCACUGACCCAGGGCUGUUCACUGUGGGGCUGCAUUCUGGGGAGAUAAGCACAGCUCGUUCUCUGCAAGAGGAAGAUUCUCGCAAGCAAACAUUGCUCAUCUUAAUAAAAGACAAUGGGGAGCCUGCCUUGUCCUCCACAGUGACCCUUGCUGUAGAUGUAGCAGAGACAUCUAGGGAGACACUGACAGACUUGACUGCUGUGUCCACUACACCCCAAACAAAGAAGCACUUGACUUUCUAUUUAAUCAUUGCUGUCAUCUUGAUCUCAGUGGCCUUCUUUGUCACCGUGGUUGGGGUGGGGAUUUAUAAAUUUUACAAGUGGAGGCAAUCCAAGGAUAUAUUCAAAGCCUCCAGAAGCUCCCUUUAUAGAACCCCGGGGCCUUUCAACCACAUAGACACUGUGCGGAGUGGAUUUACUCCUCCAAACUUCUACCAGCAGGUCCUCACCACGGACUCUCGCCAGAGUGAACUUCUGUACAAAAUGCCCUUUGCUCCCAGCCCUAUGGGGAGCCGCCAGAGCACUAUCACAAGAUGUGACCCUGCGAUAUAUAACCAGCUAAUAAGCACAAAUAACAGGCUUCUGGUGUCCUCUGAGCAAGCACAACCUAACACAGACUGGCGUUUCUCUCAGGCCCAGAGACCAGGAACCAGUGGGUCUCAGAAUGGGGAUGAGAAUGGGACUUGGCCAAACAACCAGUUUGAUACAGAAAUGCUUCAAGCCAUGAUUCUUGCAUCAGCAAAUGAAGCCGCUGCCGCCGCCGCUGCAAAUCCUGAUGGGAAUUCUACUCUGGGAGGAGGAGCAACAGCAGCAGGCACAAUGGGCCUCAGCACCAGGUAUGGCCCCCAGUUCACCCUGCAGCACGUCCCUGACUACAGACAGAACGUGUACAUCCCUGGCAGCACAGCCACUCUCUCCAAUUCUGCAGCCAAGCGGGAUGGGAAACCUGCGGCCUCCGGAGGUGGAAACAAGAAGAAGUCAGGGAAGAAGGAGAAGAAGUAAGAUUCGCAGGAUGACACAUCGCUGCCACCUUAGAUCUAAAGGGCAGACUCUUCCAGCAUUCCCCCAAUUCAUAGCCUAGGAUGGAGGAUGAAUGUGAAUUUGUGGUUAAACAUUUUAAAAAAAUAAAAAAGUGUGGAACAUGGCGAAUGUACAUUGCUGUCAUCAGAGCUAGGAGAAAGUCUCCUACUGUUAGUCCUCCUGAUGUAAAAGUAUCUGGAAACAAAACAAAACAAAAAAAGCCCUGUGGAUAGUGAUGAAUUAUAGCUUAUACUCUCAUGCGGAUGAUCUAAUAUGCAAGGGUGUCAGAUCUUUGGAAUAUUUUUCUCUCCCAUUGCUUUGCUCCAGAGGGAUCUGCACAACAUACAAGGCUUGGGGUGGGCCCUGUCCAUUGUAAAUAAUUCUUCUAAACAGGGGUUUUGAUUUAUACAUCUUUCCAUUUAAAGAACAUUCUCACUUCCCCCAAAUUUUGAUGAAUGCUUUCUGUCCCCACAAAAAUAUCUCGGUUGGAAUCCUUGUUAUGAAAUUGAUGAGGGGAUGCUAUAGUUUCUGCUUUUUUUAUUUUAAAACAGUGUCCAUCCUGCAUUAUUAGAAGGGAAUGAGUUUCAACAGAAUUUUUAAAAGUUAACCAAUGAUGGUUGAAAAAAUAAAACUGAAAUGGUUAUACCUAAGAGGCAAGGCGCACAAACACAUUGCUAUGGGAAGCCUCCCAGAGGCAGAGAAUGCCUCACAUGGUAGGAAGAUGGAGAAUUUUGCCUGUGUUGAUUGAUUUACAGUGGCCUCUGAAGAGACAACACAUCUCAUCUACACUUUGAUCCAUAAAUAUUUAUGUGUACAGUAAUUGUUUUCUGGAAUAAGUUUAAGGAAGUCAAAGUCAAUCGCUUGUGAGUAUAGUGAGCUGCCGCUCCUCCUUUAAGCACUGAAAUAGCUCUGUUAGUUCCACAGGCAGACGCCUUCUGUCAGUGAAUGGGCUCUGGUGGCCUUGUAGGUAGAGAAUUAAAACAAAAAUGGAAUGCUUCAUAUUUUCUGCACAUCGAGCUGCAUGCAAAACAUUCACUUCACAUCUACAGUAGGCCAGCUGCCGCCUCCCAACCUAGAAUAGAGAAGUCAUUGCAUGCCAUAUACAGCAUGAUGUAAAUAUGCUGUGAAGUGCCCACAUCCUGGUGGAACCUGAGCAUUGUCUGUCUGUGAGUAGAGUUCAGUAACAAGAUGCAUUGCCCUGGAUCAGAGCAGUAGGAAAGUUUCCACACGCCUAGGCAAGCACAGCUAAGGAAGGCCCUUGGUUUGCUGGCCUUCUUCACAUGCUGAUAUUAAGCGAACAACAAUUGGUCUGAGGACGCAUGGGGCCAGGCACAGAUCAGGGAUCUGGGCAGGGAUUUCUGAUACCAAGCCCCCAAGGCCAAGUUCUGAACGUUAGAGAAGUGAGUAACCAUUGGUGCACUGAAGGUCCUUGGGACCUCUGCUAUCACCCCCACUUGGAUAUAAAUCCACUGGAUUUAAAGUGAAUAGUCAUAAAUCCCUUCGCUGUGUUUCGAAAUGACUUGUUUUAGGGUUUUUAGCCACAUUGUUUCAUAGCCUAGUAUGGAGAGGAAGUGAGCGUUUCCCGCUCCAUUUUAUCGGCUUGUGUUCUCAUCUCUUUCCUCGCUCAAGUGCAGCACAGACUAGCAGGGAGCUUCGGCCUGCUGCUGGCAAACUCAGGUUGCCUUUCUAUAGAGGCACUGACCAGCCGAGGGCAGAGAAGCAGCAUAUUUCCAACAUGGAGGGCUAAUCACUAGGCCAGAAAUAUAUUACUCUUUCUUAAACCUUUGAUAAGGAGCUUGUCUGAGAUGGUCUGGCCUUCUAUGAGCACCUCAGGUUAAACAUCUGACGACUUUUCAAAACAUUGCGGACCACUCUCAUUGGCUGUGUAGUCUUGCACUGCUAGAGCGUAUCUGCUGCCUCCUGUGUGUCUAGAAAGCGGGAUUUGUCUGUGGGAAGAAACUUCAGUCUAUGUAUGGUUUUUGUACUGAUCCCAGUCACCCACCCACCCCUUGUGUUUGGUGACUGCACUAGAAACAGUUUACAUAGUUAGUUAAAACAGAGCGCAAUCCAUUGGGAAGUUCUCCUGCACAAGCUUGGCUGGAAUCAUCAGAAGCCACACAAGCGCAUGGCAAUUCUGUCCUGUAGCCUCUUUCCAUCUUAACGGGGCUGAUGCAGGUGAGCUUCCCCACAGGAUUGGGCCUGGGGCUUAUUAUGUACUGAAGUAGUUAUUAUGUGACUCUUCUCAAAGUACUGUAGAUUAAUCUUAGUCAUUCUCUUUUUCCUUUUAAUCAAUAAGCUGAAAGUAGUGUAGUAGUGCUGAAAACCUAGUGAUGUGUAGAUUUCUUUCUUCUUUUUUAAUCUUAGUAAUUGAGUUGUGGACAUCAGUAUUUUUUUUAUUCCUUUGUAUCUUCUUUACGUGUGCUCUUUGUGCUUUUAAAUGUAUGUGAAUUGAAACACACUUACUGUCCUUUCAAUGUGUCUAAUAUUGAACUAUACUUAUAUAUUAUAUAUAUGCUUAUAUCCUUCUUAUAUCCAUAUAGACUGACGUCAAUGUGUUACACGCAAGUUUUAUACUCUAAUAUUUAUAUUGCUCUUUUUUCUUUGGGGAAAAUAAUAAAAUCUUUUCUGCUGA